UUGGCUCUUAUCGAAGAGGAAAAUCAUAUUUUGCAAACACUCUUCUCGGACGUCAUGAUGGAUUUAAGCUUGGUUCAUCUGUAAAUGGAUGCACCAAAGGUAUCGAUAUUUGGGAUACCCCAUUUUACCAUGAAGGCAAACGUGUGGUUGUUAUUGAUUGUGAGGGUAUUAAUGAUCCUAAUCAGGAAGUUCCAUGGGCAAACAAGCUUUUUGUUUUAU